AUGCCGACCGACCCGCAGGAUCUUCAGAAGGGCGACGAGGUCAGCUGGAAGUGGGGCGCAGGUCAUCCGAAGGGUGAAGUGAAGGACGUCGUCGAGGACAAGGCCACGAUCACGACGAAGCGCGGCUCCGAGGUGACGCGCGACGGCUCCGAGGAGGACCCGGCGGUGAUCGUCAAGACGCAGAACGGCAGCGACGGCAUCAAGUACGCGCACGAGCUCGACGGUGUCAACCCGUCGAAGUGA